GCCUGUUUCUGAUGAAAAGGAUGCAGCAGACCACAGACUCAGUGCCACAGUAAGACCACGCCUUUGUUCUUUCUCUGAAACAUACAGGUUGCAGCGCGGACCCUUCACCGAGAGGACAUCACACACUCAGCCAUCCGUCUCUGGCCACUCUUACAUGAGGCAUCAGUGUCUCGUCUGAGUGAGAUCCGUCUGAGGCCGACACACACUUACUUGACAGCUCUUAGGGUCUGAAAGAGGGGCAAUGAGGUUCACGUUCUGCUCAGAUGACCGCAUGGUCAUCACCAUCCCGCUGGGCAGCCUGCGGGAGGGCCGAGAAGGUCAGCUGAUGCCUGAGCGCUUCACCUGUGUCUUUAAGGACGUCUACAAGGUGUUCCUCAGAGGCCAGCCCAAAGCGCUGGGGAUGUCUCAGCUGGUGGCUGGUGUGUUUGUUCUGAGUCUGGGGGUGCUGCUGCAGCAUGAGAUCGGAGACGUCCCUUCAAACCUGAUCAACCACCUCCACUACACCCUGCCCAGCAUACUGUUCAUUAUUUCUGGAAUGCUGUCAUAUGCAGCAGGACACACACCUCAUAUGAGCAUGAUGAAGCUGUCCUUUGCCUUCAACAUUGUGUGCAUCUUCUGGUCGAUGGCGGCUAUGACUCUGUGUGGACUAGCACCACACGAGAACCCACCGCAGAGUCACUCCAAACAUGCAGUCGGCCUGAAGGCUGUGGUGGGGACGCUUCUGGCUGGAGAGAUGCUGGUUGCCAUAGUGAUGGUGUACUGGGAGAGUAAGGCAGUGUGCCGAGACUACUUCAACAUUCUGCCCACCAUCACCCUGAAGCAGGAGCCCUGAAACUGGACAAUGGAGGAUUACACACAUGCCCACGCACGCGCACGCACACACACACACACACACACACACACACACACACACACACACACACACACACACACACACACGUCCAUCAUGUGCAGACUGGGUCUCAGGUGUAGGUCCAUAUAUAGUAAAAAAAAAAGUAGGACCAUAUAUAGUAAAAAGCCCCCAGACUCACAGGGUCAGAGGUGACGACACACACACACACACACACAAACACGCUCUCUCUCACUCUCUCUCUCUCUCUCUCUCCAUCUCUCUCUCU